AUGGUCGUUUUGAAUCCCAACAAUUGGCACUGGGUCGACAAGAACACGCUGCCCUGGACGCAGGAGUACCUGACAGAGAGACUUGUCGGGUUCAAAGUGGACGUCAAUAAUGACUCUGCAGAGGAGGGUGCCGUGCACAGUGUGGAAAUCUCGAAGGUGAACAAAGUCGCUGGUGACUCGAACGUCUCGCAGCGGAAGGGCAAACCGAUCUGCUACUUCGAUUUGGACUUGGCGUUCGACAUUGUUGCUGUGGUGGACGCUAGUGCGGAUGCAGAGACGAAGGACGCGGAGACAGUGGCUGGUUCAGUUCAGGUCCCCGAAUUCAUGCAUGACGAGGAUGACUUCGAGAUCAAAGUUUCUGGGUUGGACGCGAGAUUGACGGAAUUGGUCAAGCAGCAGUUCGUGCCCUCCUUCAGGGCGACGUUGCUAGAGUACCAGACGGACUUGAUCAACGAGCAUUCCAAGUACUUGGAGGAAAGUUGA